GUCACCAACACUCACUAUUUCCCACUGUCUUUUAUUCUCACACUGAUCCUACAAACCGGAAAGACCUACAUCCUGUACAGUGUAAGCCACGCCCACGUACUAGACACAGUCUCUUCCCUCUCAGUCUCAGUCUCAGUCUCGGGCAGAGUCAGAAGCAGAAGCAGCAGGUGCCGAGUCCUCAGGUCUCUCCCCCCCCCCAGAGCAGCCGGAGAAUGUGAGUCGGUGCCGCCCCCGCGGUGAGUGCGCAGGUCCCUCAGAUCAGACUCAGUGAUGUCCCAGGUUCUUCCCUUCAGUGAAGCGGAUCAGAGGGGUCUCUAUGCGGACGGAGGAGGAGACAUGGCCGGGCAGAUCCCAAUCACGUGUCGCCUCCAGGACUCCGGCAAUUUCUAUGGCAGCUCCGGCCAGGGGGGAGGCAAGAGACCCCCCAAACUGGGGCAGAUCGGCCGCAGCAAGAGAGUGAUGGAAGACGAAGGGAUGGACGCGGUUCUCACGCUCCCAGAAAAGGCCCCUCCUGCUGUUUAAAUCCUUUUCACCAAGUAUGAAAGGAAAAGGCAGAGAGAGGAAUGGGAUUGGCUGCCGGGAAGCUGAAUGAAAUUGGGGGGAUUUGCUGGGCUCCCCGUGUCCAACCCGGAAGAACAACAGACAAAAACCACAUAAAAGAAACAAAUUUAAAAAAAUUGGAAAAUAAGUUUAAAAAAAAACAA